UUUGACAGACCACCUAUGAAUGCGGUAAACAAGAUGGCGGCGCACUGAGACAAAUGUGACACUGAGUUCAUGAGCGGCGUUUUAAAGCUAACUAUGUCCAGGACUUCAAGACUUGCAUCGUCGGGAACAAAGGCGCUUCAGAAGAAGAAAGUGGUCCCAAGCAAUGUAAUCAGAACAUACAUUAAGGCGGGAGAAGCGGUUCCAGGACCACCUCUCGGCCCAGUUCUCGGUCAGAAAGGAAUACCUAUUGGUCAGUUCUGCAAAGAUUUCAAUGAAAAAACUAGCAAAAUAAAAGAUGGAAUUCCAUUGCCGUGUAAAAUAUAUGUCAAGGCAGACAGAACAUACACAAUCAAGAUGAAUAAACCACCUGUGUCAUAUUUUUUAAAAGCAGCUGCAGGGGUGUCAAAAGCAGCCAAUACUCCAGGCAAUGAAGUUGCAGGAAUGGUAACUUUAAAACAUGUAUACGAGAUAGCGAAAAUAAAAAGUGAAGACGAGGCUUGGCAGGAGGAAUCAUUGGAAAGGAUUUGUGGUUCCAUCAUCGGCUCCGCAAGGUCAAUGGGUAUCAAAGUAGUGAAGGAAAUAGACCCAGAUGAAUAUAGGAAAUUCCUUGUUGAACUUGAUGAAAGGAAACAACUAGAGAAACAAGAACGGGAAGAUAAUCGACUAACUUUUGCCAAGAAGUACUAAAAUUGACCCACAUUUGAGAUAGUGCGAUGUUUUCAUUAAAAUUGCCAGAAUUUAUGAUUUUUAUUUUCGAGCAAUAAAUAUUAUACA